AUGUCGACCCAGUUUUUCAUGUCUGAUGUGCGCGAUACUCCUGCGCGGCCGGAAAACGACUCUAGCGCAGUCACGAAAUGGAUUCCGAUUCCUUCUGCAUUUCCGUCCAUGGACGGGUGUGCGACUGCAAUCACAUCAGCAGACUCAGGCAGCUUGAUUGGAUGGGAUCCUCGACAUUCCAUAACGGCGGACUCGUCCAUCAAGUGCUUGCCAUCCGGUGCUAUUGCGUGGUGGGAGCAAUCGGAUCCCAAGACGACCAUAAGCCUGGGGCCCAUGGUCUGCCCGAAGGCGUACUAUACGGUAACCUCUAGUGCCAAAGACGCUAGAAGUACAUUUGUCGCUUGUUGCCCCUCAGGCUAUACUUUCCAAACCAACGCUCUUGUAUCAGAGAAUGCUCCAGUCAGCCAGUGUGUAUCGUACAUCUCUAUCGGUCAGGUGUAUCACUUUGCCAGAGACUUUGGAAGCAUAUCCGGUUGGGUCAAGACGUCUGCUACGGCAACAGCAAGGAUGAGCGCUCUUGGAAUCCCAUUCAAUGGCUGGCAAUUCAAGGAAGCAACUGUAACGGCCUUCUCUGCUGCUACAUCCGCAUUCGAAACGCCUCCUAGCUCCCAGGGGACUUCGCACACGUCACGGUCAUUCUCUGAUGUAUUGGGGAGCAGCACGGUAUCAGCUUCCGACCAAGCAGCAAGCACACGCAACGCAUUUCCAACCUCAGCCAAGAUCGGCAUCGGCGUCGGCACUGGCGUGGGUUCUGUUCUCGUCAUAUGCAUCCUUGUCUGGUUCUUCGUUGACCCGUUUGCGCGCCUGCGCCGUUCUCGCCUCGCCGACAGGGUUGAAGCUGCGUCGAGGGCACAAGGGCGAGGCCCUUCCCCUCCACAACCACCGACGCCGCCAUCGCUGCACAACUUUGCCAUGGCCAUUUCAACGCCGCUGAGCUUGAGCCUCGCUGAGCAGUACCAGUUGAGCCCGCAACCAUCGGGGACGCUUCAGAUAAGCUCUGCAGGUUUCCCUCGCACACAUGUUGAUGCAACUGGGCCCAACCACGAACCCGCGCCCGCUCCGGUUGUCGGUGGUAUGGGUGUCGGGCACGAUCGCUCUGUCCCAAGUCGUCUCAACAAAUCUGACCCGCGCAACACAAAGUACAACAUUAGUAGAUGGAUCAUGUCCCAUAAAAGGUCACAAAGUUCGCAUCACCGCCGCUCAUGGACGACACAGAAUCAGCAUCGGUCUCCGACCCCGCACCCGGCGGAUAUGAUUUUGUGGAGUCCGGAUCGUGCGAGACAAACGGAAGGAGCUGAGUCUCCGAGUCUGACGCAGCGAGGGCAAACUGAAGGAAUGGCACCAGUACUGGACGUAGUGUCCUCCAGCAGCCAGCGCGGUGCAAGGAUCGUGACGAGUCCAAUUGAGAUGGCUGGACAACGGUAUGACAUGAUCAUCGAGGUGUAA